CACGCUCCUCAUCAACCACGUCGCGACUUCGACACUCUCUUCGACGCGGCCGACAUACGACUUGGUGAUAUAUACGAUCGCUUAACGAUCUGUUGCCGAUACCCUCCUUUUUAUUUCGACUCGUCGCGCUUCCCACCCAAGGCGUCACCGCUGACCGUCAUCGACGAUCACCCCAGCGUUCUGAUUCACGCCUUUUCCAUCAACUUUUCCUAGCCAAGCGACGACUUGGAAUCCAGAACGGGUACACAACAGAAUAAAUUUCGUGUAUGCAUCACAGUCUUUAAAGCAGCAGAGGCGCAGCCAAAGCCUAGCGACAUUUUCGUCGGUGGCCCGGCGCCCACACACGCCGCACCAUUUCGCCCUCGGCAUCACCGCCCUGCCAUCAUGGCGUUCCAUCCGCAGACUCCCCAGAGCCCUUCGCAAUUCUCACCGGCAACCUCGUCGGAUCCCAUGUCUUCGAGCCUCUCAUCAGCCGCCGCUACAGCCGCUACUUUGCCUACGCCAGCGCAUAGUGUUACUGGCAGCAUGUCGCAGGCCGAUGUUUUGAUGGCGGAUGACUCGCCUCACAAGCGAAAGCGUACGCUUGACGAUAUUGGCGAUCGCGACCAGAAGAAGCUACACUUGGACGAUUUUGGCGUCGGUAUCGGCGAGUUGCACAUUGACGUCGGCGAGAAAUACUUGCUUUGUGGACUUUCCCAUUCCGAAUCCCUGCCUCGAACCUCCGACGACUUGUACGAAAUGUACAACCUGACUGAUUUGGCCACCGAAGUCGCCAGAGAAAAACCUAAUGGCGAGAAGAAUGCACUGAGGAAAACGUACAAGGGUCACAUCAAACGCCUAGGAGUGGCUGGCCAUUUUGAUGUGCAGAAGAAGAAGGAGGAUGCACCAUCAGACUUUAUGGCGCUGCUUCAAGUCCCUGAGUUGGAGUGGAAUGUGCACCAGGUCAAAGGCCGUGAGAUUAAUGACGGACUCUCCGAAGCUACGAUCUCUUCACUGGGUCGUGCUCUGACAAUGUCCAAGGGGCCCAUUCCAAAGUCUAUCUGGGACACAUCGGUCCUGGGCGAUCUGGCACCCUCACAUGGAGAGGGUGCUAAGCCAGGCGCCUCCGCCAAAGCCACUGCCGUCAGUACGCCGCCUGUCGGAACCCACAGUGGAUCAACGAUGAAGGGCCAGCUGCCGCCUGGUCACGAUCCCAACCGCCCACGCCGGAACAUCAAGAAGCGCAGCUACGGAGACAGUAGCUACGAGGGGUAUGGCGAGGGUUUCCCUGAUGAUGAUGCGGGUUACUCCACAGGAGACGGCGAAGGCGGUCAAAAGCGUCGUAAGAAGAAUGGUAACACGCCACCAUAUCCCACCGUUCGCCAGCACAGCUAUGGCCCAGGCAUGGUUGGCGCGUAGCGUUGCGCGACACUUAACCCUAUGGCGACCUGCUACGUGAUUGGAUCAUGAUUCGAUAUGACGGCACUUGCAUUCGGCGCUCACUCACCACUUGAUUUCGAAUUUCUUUUUUUCCUUCUUGUUUAUUUUGUCCACAUACUUAUAGCACGGCGUUCAGGAGACUUCUUGGUUUCUUAAUUUUGGGACCUCAAAAAUUAUGCUUUUUAUGCGCUUGCUUUGUCGCUUGGUUUUGGAUUGGGUCAUAUGCCUUGAGCUUGAGCCCUGUUGUCUUUUUUAUUGGUCUUCUAUUUGCGCGAUUGAUAAGAGAGUAGCCCUCUCUUGUUUCUUUUUGUUUCUUUUUUUGUUUUGUUCCUGGGAUGGUACAAAUUCCCACCCAAGAUCGUGUAUUUUCACGUUUAUUUGCUUUACGACUUGUCGUACUCUGGCUGCCCUUUGCCAUGAAGCCUUGACAUUCUUCUACUUCCUCUGCAGAUCCAAGUUGCAGUGGUUAGUACCAGGAACAAGUUGUGUCAAUGAGUCGAUGGUAUGGCGCAUGGUCGAGAGACGCUUUAUAAAAGGAGGAUUGAGUGCAGUUGGGAGAUGGGGAACUUGAACACUUGAUAGAAGAGCAACAGAGACUGGGUGAGAGAAUCCCACUUUCAUCUCUCUCGAAAUUGGUAUCUGGUCAUUUUAUUGUUAAUGCCCUUUGCUUUCUUUUUGGUCCCCCGGGGGGGGGGGGGGGGGUUGAUUUAUUUUCUGACACAGACGGUUAAACUUUUGCGUUGUUUGUUUGAAUGCUCUCAGUAAUCGCAGCCGGGAACUAGCUACCGCUGCUAUCUAGAGCUGGUUUCUAAGAUAAAAAAAAUCAAAAGAAAUUACAAAAACAAAGAUCACCUACUACGGAUGAGAUACAAAACGUAUAAUAUGGUUGAUGCAACGGGGUUUCAAGAAUAGAAAAGUACAUUUUCGGUUCGUUAAACCGCGCUGUAUAUAAGUUAUCAUUAUCAAUCAAGUGCUAGAAGCCGAGUUCCCCUCAUUAUUACCCAAGAUAUGUACGCCGUUCAUUUUUCAUUUCGAGCCAUAUUACAGCCAUCCCAAAUAUUCUAUGUUCUUCAAUCGUGCUGUGGCCGCCAAGAGAACUGCGAUAACAAGACCAAGGCAAAGGAAACAGUAUAAGAAUGUUUGUUUACUGUGGGGGAUAUUGCUGAUUCAAGUUGAUGUUCCCAAAGUUGCCAUUUUCAACACUGGGGUAUGCACCACCACUCAUCUCUGCCCAGUUCCAAUCAAGAGUCAUUGGCAACGAGAAGAGGUCUGGCGGUAACAACGGCUGCUGGAAGGGAUUAAUCAUUGCGGACGGCGACGGGUUAUUGCCUUGCAUGAACUCUUGCAUGUUGCCGAAAGAAUCAUAGUCGCCAUUUUGUGGCAUGCCUUGCGUCGAUUGCUCUGGCAUCCAGUCAGAUCGGGGAUUCGAUGCUGGGGAUGCUCGUUCACGUGGUGGAGGUGUAGUGGCUGCAAGAGGACCAAAUGAUGACGAGAGGCCGCCUUUCAAUGGCGGCGAUAGUUCGUCCAUGGUUGUAGGGAUGGGAACCUCACUGUCAUAAACAGUACCUUCGCCAGACUUGGUGUUAGCCUUGCUACCGACGGGUUUGCCAUCAACCUUGCGCUUGCGACGAGACGCCUGCUCCUUUUCAGCGCGUUCAAUGACAACCUUGGCAAUUCUUCCGAACUCUGAGCAGAUGCCGAGCAUUCGGUGUACACCACCUUGCUCUGCUUCCUGGCCAAGCAUGGACAAGAAGGUGACGACUAGGUCCAUGAGACGGUUGUCGGAUUUGGCGCGUGCAUCUAGCGGGUUUUGUAGAAUAUUUCCAAACAGAGUGACGAGAGCUGAAACAGGGAAGUAGAGAAUCAUCCUAGAUAAUAUUAGAGAUGAACUUUGCAUGGUCAAUAAAUAGCAAUAGCAACAUACCAGACACAAGCAAAGUCGCCUUGUGGGACAUAUUUCAAAAGAGAGAUAGAGGCUCGCGCGGCGGCGGUGGAGAGGGUGGCGGAUGAGAAAACACGAGGGUUGAGAGGCUUGGAGUUGAGACCCUGGAUGGCGUAGUUGGCAAGUCUACUUGUCCAGUAUCCGUGAUGAACAGACAUGCGAUGGAUAGUCAUAAGGCAGUUGUAAUAUGCGAGGUGAAGCAUGACGACAUGUAGAAUAAGAGGCGUAUGUGAUGCUUUAAUCUCGUGCUCGGGUCGGAACUCAAUAGGAAUCAUAUCCUUCCAUUCCUCAAGUUCCUGAUCGAGCUCUCCAAUAGAGUUGAGUAGCUCGCCAUCUGAUUGUUUCGUCGCCUUGGUCGAAUAUAGUCGUCGAUAUACCUUGCUUUCGAUUACAGCAAACUCGCACAUGGUUCGGAAUAGAUUCAGUUUUCCCUUGCCAUCAGCCAAAGGAAUAUUGCCGAUAUUGUCCGACGGGUCAGCUUCAGGCAGCUCAACAUUCAUAUCGUCGUCAUCUUGGGCUGGCGGGCGGCCCGAGCGAAGGCAAAGGUCCUUGUCUAGCAUAUAAGCAAUCCAAAAUACGCGUUUGCGCUGUUCGAUUUCAAUAGGGUUCAGGUCAAAUCCAGUUCCUUUUCUGUGUAAGCCAAUGCUGUGGGAAAGGCGGAUGGCCGCAGCGACCAAGAGGAAAGAUGGCUGAGGGUUUGGUGUGCCUUGCAUAAAGAGCGCCAUACCUAGCAGUCCUUGUACACUGAGUAGGUCGGUGUUGCGCAUAGUCAGUUCUGGAAAGACACCCAUGGCGUUCUUGAGAUAAUCCCACGCCUUCUCAUCCUCAUCCUGAGAAACAAGGUUGCUCAUAACUCGCAAGCGAUGCGCAAUGGCGAGAGCGCAGUUGAGACUGGCCCACCAGCCGGAGCCUUGGUAAGGGUCUGACGAAUAUUGGCGUUCGACAAGAUGCAUAAAUGUCGGCUGGUGGAAAAGUGGCAACAUGCAAUUGAAGUUUUCGAAAAAGUCAACGAGUAAAGAAAGAGCCUCCUGUUUUGGGGGGAGUGGUCGGAAGAUGGGUCGUUGGAAGACAUCGCCAAAGACUUCAGGCUUCCAAUUUGUCCACUUAUGGUCAUCCACCGACACCUCGGAUAUCAUGGAUUGAAACGAAUCGUCGCCCAUCUUCCCGUUGACCCAUUGCACACCCUUGGGGGAAAAGAUGGAAAAGCCGGAUGAAGAGCCAAAGAAUCGAGUUUCGCCGCGCUGGUUGGUAACUAGAGAGCACAUCAUUUCAGACAGUGCCUCGACCGGCUCUUCCUGAGAGUUCUCGUCGCCGUCCGCUUCUUGUUUUAUCUCGUCCAAGCUUCCAGCAGCGCGAACAUCGCGGUCUGUGGGUGAUGUGAUGGAGCUUUGUGGCGUACCGGUAGUGCCGUCAUUUUGAGCAGGAGAGACCGGGAGAGAUCCUGUUGCUAUUGAUGCUUGGCGGGACUUUUCAGUCAGUUUCUUUUCGAGCACACCGAGAUCCAUGGUGCUGUCGCCAUCGUCGAGAAC